AUGUCCAACACUGCAUCCAGCCUUCCGCCUGAUCUGUUUGACCAGACGACGCUCGUCUCCCUAGGCGCGACCAUCGUCCUCCUCUCCGUUGCCAUCGCCCUCUCCCGCCGCGUCCUCCACCCCACCACAUCAACGAGCUAUCGCGUCCUCUUCAUCUGGCACGCCUUUGAUGCCUUGAUCCACUUCUUCCUCGAGGGCAGCUUCCUCUACCAUUGCUUCUUCUCCUACACGCCCCUCGCCGACAUCCCCGACGCCGAUCUCUCUGGUUACCACCCGACCCCGGCCAACUAUCUCGGAUACUCGGACCGCAUCUAUGGCGCGCAGGCAGGCGGUGACAACCCCUUUGCGCAGCUUUGGAUGGUCUACGCCAGGGCUGACAAGAGAUGGGCUGGUGCGGACUUGGGUGUGAUUUCUCUCGAGCUGCUGACUGUCUUCGGCGCUGGCCCGUUGGCCUGCUGGAUUUGCUACUGCAUCGCCAAGCGUGACCCGAAGGUCAACAUCUGGAUGAUCAUCAUCGCGACGGCAGAGCUAUACGGAGGCUUCAUGACCUUCUGCCCCGAGUGGCUCACCGGAAACAUCAACCUCGAUACCAGCAACUUCAUGUAUCUCUGGGUGUACCUCGUCUUCUUCAACAUGCUCUGGGUCUUCAUCCCGUUUUACGCCAUCUACGUCGCCUUUGGCGAGAUCUCUGCUGCGUUUAAGGCCCAGGGCGUCAGGAAGAACCUCUAA